AUGGCAGGUCCGGUCCGAGUAAGUAGAGUCACAGCUGCCGACAGGCGCCAUUUUGAUUUUGUCCAAACUUUGCUCCGUAUUUCCAAAGAGCUCACAGAAGAGGAAACGGCAACCAUGAAGUUGUUCUGCCUGCAUCUGAUCCCUAAAGGUCAGAGGGCACAACUCAAGCGGAUAGUGGAUGUAUUUCACAAGCUGAUGGAACUGGACAAAAUUGACCAGGAAAACUUGGAAUUCAUAGAAGAGAUCUUGGAAAGAAUCGGACGACAGGACCUGAUUCGGGACGUUCUGCGGCGGUUCCAGCCUCCUGACCGAGAGAUUCCGGAAAAUCCAGAACUCCAGCCUGAAAACCCCGAGUUCCAGCCGGGAGCAAGUCUGUUAGGGACGACAGCAGAAGGUGACGUGCAGGGAUAUUUUGACGAUGUCAUCGAAGAAGUCAGCUACAAGUGGGACGACCUGGCCUGGAAGCUGGGAUUUCAUGAUAACGAAAUCAAAGUAAUCCGAGACUUGGAGCGUGACCAUGACCACAGGUGCAGGGAAAUGCUGACCAGGUGGGGAAACAGGGAGGGAAGGGGAGCAACUCUACAGGUGCUGAUCCAAGCCCUAAAGAACAUUGGUGAAACUCGGACAGCAGAGAGCCUAGAAGGACCUACAACCUCCAACACCUACGUGGUUGUGCACGGCACAGUGCGCAUGAUCCAGGAAACUCUAGAUCACCUUAAAAACUGCCUGGCAGCGUUAAUUGGCACGAGAAGGUCACAGGUCAAGUUCAGAGGUUACAAGAAGCACAAGAGCAUCCUGGUGCACUUCUCCAUACCGCGGGAGAUCACGGCGGUGCUGAGGCACAUGGCGGAUCACUCCGACCCGAGACUUGUCUACAUGGGCGUCAAGUCACUGCAGAUCGACGCUGAAGUUCCCAUCAAAGUCCAACAGGGGGCGCCGCUGUAUGUUAUCAAGAGACGACUGCCCGUUGAUGACAUCGAGGUGGGCUGCAGUACACGCACCAAACACCAGAGGGUGCCCCACAACUGGACCCGUCUGUCUGCCCUGAACCUGUUCUCGGACGCCCUGCCGCUCCAUCUGCAGGCAGCCGCGAGUCUGGAGUACCAGGGCUUCUCCUACAGCCUGGUCCGGGCUCUGGUGCAGAAGGACCGGCUCAGAGAACACCAGAUGAGGCAGGCCAUCCAGAACCUCAGGAACGCAGAGGUGGAU